GAGAAGUGCGCGAGACGAGAAGCGCGAUAGACUGGACGCUGCCGCAGAGAGCUCGAUACUGCUGUUUGCGUUUUUUUUUCUCAGUAUACCGAUUGAUUCACACAUUUUCAAAGGGAGUUUUAAUGCUUUUGCGACAACAGGGAUAUUUUACAGGGUGGUCGAGGUAUGACACUGACCAGAGGCUCCUUUACUUACUCAACUGGAGAAGAGUACAGUGGUGAAUGGAAGGAAGGAAGGCGACAUGGUGUAGGACAGCUGAAGUUCUCUGAUGGCACAUGUUACAAGGGUCACUUUGAGAAUGGUCUGUUCCAUGGCUCUGGGGUCUUAAUGUUCCCUGAUGGAUCCAGGUAUGAAGGUGAAUUCGCCCAAGGAAAAUUCCAAGGUGUUGGAGUUUUUAACAGAUUUGACGGGAUGAAAUUUGAAGGAGAAUUCAAAAAUGGCCGUGUGGAAGGACAUGGCUUGCUGACAUUUCCGGAUGGUUCCCAUGGUAUCCCACGGAACGAAGGGGUCUUUUCUGACAACAAGCUGCUAAAGCGGGAGAAGAGCCAGGCAGUGGUGCAAAGAGCCCGGAGCUCAGCCUGCACUGCACGCAGCCUCACUGUAUGAUCAACACACUAAUGAUCUGAUAAACAACCAUGCUGCUACUCUCAGAUCAGCUUCCCAAACUUCUACUCCUACUGCAGAGGCAAUGAGUGAAAUGGAUUCAGGAUCUCUUUCACUUACAGCAGACCCUCAGGAAUGGAUAACAGGGUUGCCUGUCCCUCUAUCUCUUUUUUCUCAGUGCUAGUCUGCCUCCAAUGCCUCUAGCUUAAAAUGUGUAGAAUAAAACUGGGCAAGGUUAUUACUACAUUAAUGUGAACUAUUUCAUCUUAGAUAUGAAGAAACCAAAGUCACCAUUAACAACAUGGGGCUACUGAGUGUUCUGUAUGAGAAGUUUGUGUGUAACAGUGAGUUUAUUUGCCUUUGUGAGACUAUGA